AUUUUUCAUCUUUUAUUCUACAUAUACAUAAAUUAUUUCGCACAUUGGAAGAAAAGUGCCGAUGCACAUUCCAUUAAUACACAGAAAUUCGGUGUCCAGAGCUUUCGGCGGCCUAGCGCUUUUGUGCUCGCUGCUCUGUGACUGUACCGUGGUGGCAGCGGGAAGCACUCACAUGCCUUCCACGUCAACUUCACAAAACUCACAGUCAUUGCAGCAUAAUUCGGCGCGGUCCGGUGGAACGUCACAGUCGUCACCAACUACUUCACAGCAAAAUUCGAUGCUUUCUCCGUCUGCCGCCAAUAAAGUGUCCGCAACAGAAUUGGUGUCUGAAGCGCAUUCGUUAGGCAGUGUCAGUGCACAGCCUGUGUAUAUUUCUUUGGGUGUGGAUGACGACACACUUUUAAGGUCAACAAGUCUGACCAAAUCCUACAUAAAUGCAGACAUAAAAACACCUGAAAUUGGCAUGGCGCUCGUUAUUGGCGCCUGGACAGCCAGCUCAUCGCUUGCAGAUACACGUCCCACCAUAGUCAAUGUGGCAAAACUUGUUGCACCAUCUCGCACUACAUUUGACGCGACGGAUAUUGAAGAUUAUCAGGACAGCAGCCGCAGCGUCAAUGCAUAUAGGGAGUCAGAGGAGUCUGCAUCUGCCACCCAGACUGUCUCCGAGCCCGUGGACCAGAAACAAAAGCGCAAUACCACAGCAGAGCCAUCCUUCACCUCCGCACUCGAUAUACACCAGCGGGACCCCAAGUCCCUUAAAGGGCGGUUCAACUACGCGGCGACCGACUGCGCAGCCGUGGUGCUAAAGGCCAAUCGUGAGGCCCGCGGUCUAACAGCUAUUCUUAAUUCCAAAAAGGACCAGUACAUGCUGAACGAAUGCUCAGCACAAAACAAGUUUGUUAUUGUCGAGCUCUGCGACGACAUUUUAAUCGACACCCUGGUGAUGGGCAACUACGAAUUCUUUUCGAGCACGUUCAAGGAUACUAUGGUGUAUGUCAGCGACCGGUAUCCGCCAAAGAACAAUACAUGGACGUUGCUGGGUCAUUUUCAAGCGCGCAAUACACGGGAUGCACAGGUGUUUCCAGUGAUUGAUCCGAAAAUCUGGGCGCGGUAUAUUAAGGUCAAUUUUGUCAACCACUAUGGCAGAGAAUUUUACUGCCCGCUAACUGUUUUCAAGGUGUACGGAACUACGCAGAUGGAGCAGUUCAGGAAAGAAGAGGACGAGGAAGACGAGGAUACGGCUACAUUGACCGUGGGGAUUCUGGCUGGGUCGCCGGAAAAUGACUACCAGCUGAGAUUCCCGUACCGCAGCAUCCAAAACCCACAUCAGCAAACGGUGUUGAGAAUUGGCGAUGCAGGGUCGCCGGUGAAGGGAUAUUUGCGGGAUAUGCAGGGAAUUGUUAAUGAGUACGACGCGCGCGACAAGGACGAGUCAAAGCCAGCAUCAAUGGCUGUGCCUAUGCCCAAGGUUCCCAACCUUCCCUGGGGUAAAGAGGCCCAAUCUCAUAACAGGGACGAUGAUGAUGGGGAUGGAGCCGAGUAUGAAGAUGCCGUCGAAGACCAUGACGAGCUUGAAGGCGAUGAAGACACCGAAGAAGAUGAUGAGGGUGGCGAGUAUGAAGAAGACGAGGAUAACGAGCAGGUUAGCCGCGUGGCUAGCGAUAAUGGAACCACACCGAGCAAUUCCAAACCGAUUGGCAGUGGUGCUUCGCAACCGCAGCCGCAGCGCAAGUCACAACAAGCAGCCGUUACCCAGCUGGGAGGCGACAACGCGCCGGUUGCCAAACAGGUCAUUAAUGAUGGCAGUAUAAAAGGCAACUCUGGAAUUGCUGACAAAAACACGGGCGGCGGCACGUUCUCUGGGCCAAUAGGCCCAGGCCAGCGCGGGCAAGAAAGCAUUUUCAAGACCAUCAUGCGGCGGCUCAUCCGAGUCGAGCGCAAUAUCACCCUUGCAUACCACUAUCUGGAAGAGCAGCACCUGGUAUUUAACCUGGUUCUCCAACAGGUCGAGAUGAACAACCUUGAGAGCAUGCAGAUGGCAAUCAGGCAACUCAACCAUUCGACCGCCAGGCAGAUGCAAUCGUUAACCGCGCUAAGCGAGGAAGUGUGGCGAGCUAUUCUGUAUGACCUCGAGGAGUACCAACAAAAGACGCAGACGGAGAUGGGAGCUAUGUCGCAAAAGCUCGAGUUUCUGGCCGGGGAGGUGCUGUUCGAGAAGCGCAUGAAUGUUGCUCAGCUGGUACUUCUGCUCACAAUCAUAGUUAUGAUUGCAGUCAACAAGGUGGUGACCAAGCUGGCGCUGAUUCCAGAGUCCAAAAAGGAGAAGUAGCCGAUUGACAUGAUAUAAUGAAUAA